AUGGGCAGCACCCAUCGUCGUCGUUCAGAAGAAAAAUGGAUCGAUCCGCCUCUGCGCAGACUACUCAACCGGACUGAACGAUGCACUGGAACAAAACCAGCAUCCGCUUCCAACUACAGAGGACACUUUCACGAAACUCAACGCAGGACGCUACGUUUCACAGUUCGACUUGGCCGAAGCAUAUCUCCAACUGGAAGUGAACGACGUCUCAAUCGCUUCAAGCAACUACCAUUUGGAGUGAAACCAGCUCCUGGUAUAUUCCAACAAUGUUUGGAUGUUCUUAUUGCUGGAUUAGAUGGAACUGCCUCGUAUCUUAAUGACAUAUUGGUUACUGGUAGAACCAUCGACGAACACAAUGCCCGACUAGAGGCCGUACUCAAGCGGAUUCAAGACUACAGAUUCCGUGUUCGACUCGACAAAUGUGCUUUCCUGCAGACGAAGAUCACCUACCUUGGGUUCGUCAUAAACGCACAAGGACGACCCCCCCCCCCCUUCCCCCCCAUUCCGAUCCUGGAAAGAUCAAAGCUAUCCAGAAGAUGCCCGCUCCGAAGGACGUCAGUCAACUUCGCUCUUUUCUGGGACUCAAUUUCUACGGAAACUUCGUCAAGGAUCUCCACAAUCUACGCGCUCCUUUGGACACUUACGAAAAAAGAUGUUGUCUACACAUGGACACCGGAGUGCCAGUCUUCUUUCGACAAUAUUAAGGCAAUCCUAAGCUCGCAUCUCCUGUUGACCCAUUUUGACCCAAUUCUCCCGAUCAUCGUUGCCGCUGAUGCUUCAAAUUACGGAAUGGGAGCAACCCUCUCACAUCGCUUCGCAGAUGGAUGCGAGAAGGCCAUUUAUCACGCAAGCCGUUGCCUGACACAACCACAGAAGAACUACAGGCAGAUUGAAACGGAAACACUCGCUCUUAUUUUCGCCAUGCAGAAGUUCCAUCGUUUCAAGGAUUUCGGCCAAGUGGACGCUCUUUCACGUUUCGUCUCGUCACAAUCAUCGUUGCCGGAGGACUACGUGAUCGCAUCAAUAGAUGCUGAUGUCAUUUCCGAGUUCUCAGGGAACUGGCGUCAUCUUUCAGUAUGCGCCGAAUCCAUUCGGACUGCUACGCAAGCCGAUCGUCUUAUCCAGCUUGUGAUCAACUAUACGAAGUCUGGAAACUGGCCCGAGGUCUCUUCUGUGGCACUACUACAAUCGUAG